AUGUCUAGACUGGGUAGUGAAACUUACUCAUCUUCCGGAGCAUGUCUCUCGGGCAAUAUCUUAAGCCCUCAGCCCUACGCUCCUCAUAACAAGGACUUUCUCGCUUCCUUCGAAACCUCCCACCCUUCAGCCGGCGACAACGGAUCAGCAAUUGAUGAUGGUCAAAUCUCAACACAAGGCUCUGAAUACACUUCUUCUGGAUCAUCUACGCGAAAUUCCACUGGUGACAUCUUCGGUCGUGACUUGAGUGAGAUCGAACACGCUAAAUCAAGAGCAUCCAGCCGAUCGUCUCUAUCUUCAAUCCCAGCAUCAGUCCUCGUUCAUCCACUUGACCACAAAAAGCCGAUCGCAGCCAUGACUCUCCAUGAGAAAAUCACCGGGUAUAGCCCAGAAGAUGAUGAAGCAAGCUUUGGCGGGUUCGACGAUUCACACAGGAACAUUCGCACCAUCAGACAGCGCGAAGCCGUGUUUCGCAAGCCAAGCUCUGUCAGAGCUAUGCAGAUGUAUACUGAGGAUGAGGGCGAGGAUGACGAGUACCUGACCCCACCACGUCGUCGACCCGGCAUGCGGUCUCCGGGAUCCUCGUCGCUGAAAUACUACUCACCCAAUUCGUCGCUCAAAAAGCCCAAGGUGAAGAAGGAGUAUCCGCUUGUACUUUUGCAUUGCAAUCUGCUGCCGCCAUCGCUGCCUGUACCUGGUGCCUCGGAGCCGUGCAAUCAAAAGCUUGUCGAAGAGGUUCUUCCACUUCAGUAUUGGAAGCGAUGGCGUCGGCUGAGGGAUAGAGUAGGGGCUGGAGUUAUACGUGACCGGGGUGUUUUGAUUUCCCACCCUGAAGACCUAUACGAUGUGCUCGAAGAGCGGCUACUAGAGAGUCUUGAACUGCAGCGUGCAAGACUGCAACAGGGCCAUUUUCUUGGCCACGAGGAAAGUGCGCCCGGGUCAGAGGGUGAGCUCUCAGACAGAGAUGAGAGUGAGACGGAUGGCGAGCAGGGUGAUGAGUGUCCCGACUGCGGUGGACAUAUUCUUCGACACAAUGACGAUCCUAGCCGCAAGUGGGAGAUUCGUGUAUAUGCAGCGAACGGGUUGAUGCGCGCUGGUGCCUGGGCCGCUGCGUGGAAAGAGAUGGAGAAGGUGGAUGUCGAAGUCGGACUUUGGUUGCCAUCUGAUGUACGACGAGCACUUGAGAGGCGACUUGCGGAGGAAAUUCAAGUUGUCCCGGAGCAGGAAGUUCCUUCCCCUACGAUACUUGAGGAGAACAUGCAGCCACGAUCAAUCUCGGUCAAUGACAAAGUAGUAUUAUCUGCAGAAACUCUUCCCCAGUCUGCAUCGGAAACUUCUGGAUCAAUCUCAAGCCAAAAACCCAAGUCUGAGCAAGAAAUUGCCUUGCAAACCCUCCUUGUCAACUACAUCCGAGUUCUGGUCUGCGAUAAACGCAAUAUUGCCAUCUUUCUCUUAAGUGCCUUGGUAGUGUUUCUUUCCAUCGGAUCUCAUCUCCAACAGCCUUUCCUAUCUUCUUUGUCAGCUACGCAGGGGGCUGUUGAGACGACCGUUUGGGAUAUGGAUACAGCUGAGUCUGACACGAGUCCUUCGGUUGUUGUGUCUCCAUAUAUCGUCAGUGAACACGCUACAUCUAUCAUAGAUACUCAUACCCCUGUGCUUGAGUCCAUGAUACCCUUUGAGACUAUAGAGACUCUCAUGGAACCUCAUGCCUCCGAUGGGACACACACCACUAAUGAAGCUCCUGAUAUUGACGAAACUCCUGCUGUUGAUGAAGUUCCCGCUGUUGAAGAAACUCCCGAUAUUGAAGAAACUCCCGCUGUUGAUGAAACUCUCGCUGCUGACGGAGCUCCUGAUGUUGAAGAAACCCCCGCUGUUGAAGAAACCCCCGCUGUUGAAGAAACCCCCGCUGUUGAAGAAACUCCCGCUGUUGAAGAAACUCCCGCUGUUGAAGAAACUCCCGCUGUUGAAGAAACUCCCGCUGUUGAAGAAACUCCCGCUGUUGAAGAAACUCCCGCUGUUGAAGAAACUCCCGCUGUUGAAGAAACUCCCGCUGUUGAAGAAACUCCCGCUGUUGAAGAAACUCCCGCUGUUGAAGAAACUCCCGCUGUUGAAGAAACUCCCGCUGUUGAAGAAACUCCCGCUGUUGAAGAAACUCCCGCUGUUGAAGAAACUCCCGCUGUUGAAGAAACUCCCGCUGUUGAAGAAACUCCCGCUGUUGAAGAAACUCCCGCUGUUGAAGAAACUCCCGCUGUUGAAGAAACUCCCGCUGUUGAAGAAACUCCCGCUGUUGAAGAAACUCUCGCUGCUGACGAAGAUCCUGAUGUUGACGAAGCUCCUGAUGUUAACGAAGCUCAUGCUGUUGACGGAGCUCCUGCUACUGAGGAAUACGACAAAGUUUCUGCUGGCGAUGAAACUCCCACUCCUCUUGAUGGAACUAAUUCAGUCUUUCCAUCGGGUGCUCUUGACACCAAAACCGAGUUAGCUCAUACUGCACUGCCUUCUCAGCCUUCGCCAUCAUCUCACUCAGAUGCUGAGUCUACCAACUCUAAGACUGUCACCUCCACUGAAUUGGAGGGAAAAUCACAGCUUGAGACAGAUAAUGCCGAUGAAAAUGAAAUCAAUCAACGCCUCAUGGAGCCAUCCAGUGAGUCAGCUGAAUAA